GUGUUAUGCAUCCAUAGCAUUGUCUCCAGUCUUUUACGCUAGUGGAAGACGACCAUCCUCCUUGACCAAUGCUUAAGCCGGACGUGAAUCUCCCAGUGUAUGAGUUGUUCUCAAGCCAUAGUGUAACUGAGGCACAAGAUGCCAUUAGAGUUAGAAAGAAGUUGGUGGAAGCGAAAAAAGAUGAGUUGAGAAUGCUGGUUGGUGAAAGGUAUCGAGAUGUUAUUGAGACAUCGUACACAAUUCACGAGAUGAAAGUCUUAUCGCAAACCAUUUUAGAUUCAGUUCAUUCUCUCAGCGAUAUUUCCACCAAAUGGACUGUUUCACCCGAGUUCCCGAAGCCAGGUCGCUGUUUCAACUCGGAGGUUCUGUCGACUACUGCCCAGCUCAAAUACUUACUCGAAAUUCCUGAUAUGGUUUGGAACUUUAUGGAUACUGGGGAUCAUUUGACAGUGGCUCUCCUACUCCUACUCAGUCGCACUGUUUCCACCAGGUUACAGCUGACUGAUAACCUCCUCUCCUUUGGAGUUAGCGCAAACGUUUUAGCCAACAAAAUUCGGAUCUCACUUUCUCAUUUGGAAUCGGCUGUAUCUCAUGCUGUCCGUCGAAGACUUUCGUCGGUGCCUUGCACCAUUCAGGAAGCGUGCAAUUCUUUAGGCGCUUUAUUUCUUUUGGACAAAUCAAACAUUGGUUUUCUUCUAGAUGAGUAUCUUCAGUGUCGAAAAAUGGCUCUGGGGCAGAUCCUCGCAGGCCCAGAGGCAAUCCAUUCCACCGGACAGAGUCGGAUCCUUUCUUUAUCGGAAUGGUUUCUUUCACUCACGAGAUUUCUCUGCACAACCUUGGAAUCAGUUAGAUGUUUAUUUCUUAGUUGUGAAAAUGGUGUGUAUCCUUGGGUGGCCUCUAUCCGGCAGAGACUGCUUGAGCUUGAAGUAAUGGAUCCUUUCCAGCCUGCGUUAUUCGAUGGUGAUCGCCACUCCAACGAGCUUAGCCGCAAGUCACCAGCUAUUCGCUCAUUACGAAACUUUUUGGAUGUCGAUGUAUUGCUUGCUCCAGGAGACUCCUCAUCCGAUGACAACUCGGAUGCACUAUUGUUAAAGUGUUUCGACACAUGGUGGUCAGAGUAA